GUCCCACGCAUCGCGCGUGGUUUCUGUAGGAAGUUGAGUUCUUUCCGCGCAUCUUACGCGUUUUCCUGAAGGAAAAUGGCUACCAGCUGUCAUUUAAUCGAAAAGUGUAACUUGUAAAGUUAGUAUAGGAUUGUGUGAAAAAUUAUUUAACGUAUAUAAGAUUACUUGGCGUGAUGCAAUUACAUAACGUUGAAAUCGUUUAGUUGAUCGACGCCACUUUUCAUCUCCAUGCAGAACCCGUGAAACUUCUACAGUGCCAUGAAAUUUUAUUCCAAUUUACUGUUUACAGUUUUUAUUUUUUGCGAAACAUAUCAGGACUAACAAGUCAGCGCUAUUUCUCCAUUUUAUAAAUAAUUUAAUCAUUUUAAUAGUCAUUUUACAAUUAUUAUUGAAAAUUUAACUGCGCUAUAAAAGAUUACAAAUUUUUUGAUCUUACAUUGUUAUUUUUGGAGCACAUUAAUUAAAAAUACGAAAAUCAGCAUGGGUUCGAGUCAACAAUUUUCUCUUAGGUGGAAUAAUUAUUUAAAACAUAUUACUUGUGCUUUUGACACAUUAAGAACAGAAGAAGAUCUUGUUGAUGUAACUUUAAGUUGUGAGGGAAAAAGAAUAAGAGCACACAAAAUGCUUUUAUCCGCAUGUAGUACAUAUUUCAGAGAUUUAUUUAAGGAAAAUCCAUGUCAGCAUCCUGUUAUAAUAUUUCGUAAUGUAAAAUUUGAUGAUUUGGCUGCAUUAGUUGAUUUUAUGUAUCAAGGUGAAGUAAAUGUGGUUCAAGAACAAUUAGCUAGUUUUUUAACAACUGCUGAACUACUUGCUGUUCAAGGUCUUACAGAUGGUACAGGAAAAGAUAAUGAUAGUUUAGUAGAGGAUGACAUAGAAAUUCCUAAUGAACCUGAAAUUCAACUUCAAAAUGCUUCUAGUAAAACUGCAACAGAUAAAAGAAAUAAAUCACCUUCAUCUCCAAUGCCUUAUCACGCUGUCGAUUUACAACCUGAUGCUCCGCCAACUAAAAGACGAAAAUGUAGAGAAAAUGCAAAUACAAAUGCAGAUAAGACUAUAAGUAAUGCUUUAUCUGCAAAAGAUUCUGAAAAUAAAACUUCAGAAAAUCAAUCAACAACUGGUUCAGAUCCUGUUGAAAUAAUUCCUCUAAUGCCAAAUUUAAAAUUGGAAAUGCCUGAAUAUCUAGUACAAGAUGGAAGUAGCUGUAGUUAUGAAGAACAGAGUUUAGGAGACAGUUCGCUAAAUAAAAUUGGUAUAGAAGAUACAUCAUCUAAUACUCCUGAUCAUGAUCAGAAGCCUGAUAUCACUCAAACAUUUUACUCAAGUAAUCAAUCUACUUCAGAUAGUUUGGAUCUUAAACAUCAAACAGCUGAUGUUGGACACUUGCUUUCAAAACCUAGUACUUCUGGAGAAAGAUUAACGCAAGAAGCAGUACAGGAACGAGCAGGAGAUACCGGAGGGGGCGGGGGUGGUAGCACCGGUCCUGCAACCGCGGACCUCGUCUCGGACGAUGACUACGGUCAGUCCACGGAUACAGAAUUAUUGUUUCGCUGUAGAAUUUGUUGGAAAGGUUUCAAGCAUCCGAUGUCGUUGACACUGCACAAGGACUUGCAUACGGGGCAAACCAGGUGCCCGAUUUGUCAGCGCAUAUUCAGUCGAAGUUACGACAUGAAGGCUCAUUUGCUGCGCAUCCACAAGUGCACGUUCAGUGUCGACGCUAAAUUGAACUUUCGAAAGUGAUCGCUUCACGAACAUAUCGAUACAUAUUGUCGCGAUAUACUGUCGAUCAAUUUAUCGGCGAUCAAGCGAAGAAGAACCACCUUCUCAUUUUUUUUAUUCGCUCUAAUUUUUUUUUAUUGCUAUUAUUAUAUGUUACAUGUACAUAUUAUAUCGCUUUUUUUUUCAUCGCUCAAACGGUAUCCUAUCCAAUCGAUUUUAAACUGUUCUCCGGAAUUUUUGUUUCGUACUUUUUUUUCUUUUUUUUUUUUUGAUAUGUACUAUUUC